GACCGGAAAAGGAGGGGCUGCGCCCGGCACUAGGGUCGCCAUCCUGGCUGAGGUGGCCGGAAAUGGCCCCUCGCGCGGGCGCGGACUGAGGCUGCGCGCCGCAGGUUCCGGCUGCUGGCGGCGUUGCGGCCGCAGGUUUGACUCCCGUGCGGUGCCGCCCAGCAGCCACAAAGCUCCCGCUGCCAUUGCUCCUUGUACUCCCGCCGCCACUGCCGCUGUCCAACCCCUCCCCCGGGGCUUGCGCGGCGGCUCCCACACCCCUCGGCCCGUGUACGCGCUCUGCACCUGCCUGCCCGAAAACAUGUUGCAGACACCAGAGAGCGGGGGGCUCCCGGUCCCGCAGGCCGAGGGGGAGAAGGAUGGCGGCCAUGAUGGUGAGACCCGGGCCCCGACCGCCUCGCAGGAGCGCCCCAAGGAGGAGCUUGGCGCCGGGAGGGAGGAGGGGGCUGCGGAGCCCGCCCUCACCCGGAAAGGCGCGAGGGCCUUGGCGGCCAAAGCCUUGGCAAGGCGCAGGGCCUACCGCCGUCUGAAUCGGACGGUGGCGGAGUUGGUGCAGUUCCUCCUGGUGAAAGACAAGAAGAAGAGUCCCAUCACACGCUCGGAGAUGGUGAAAUACGUUAUUGGAGACUUGAAGAUUCUGUUCCCGGACAUCAUCGCAAGGGCCGCAGAGCAUCUGCGGUAUGUCUUUGGUUUUGAGCUGAAACAGUUUGACCGCAAGCACCACACUUACAUCCUGAUCAACAAACUAAAACCUCUGGAGGAGGAGGAGGAGGAGGAGGAGGAGGAUCUGGGAGGAGAUGGCCCCAGAUUGGGUCUGUUAAUGAUGAUCCUGGGCCUUAUCUAUAUGAGAGGUAAUAGCGCCAGGGAGGCCCAGGUCUGGGAGAUGCUGCGUCGGUUGGGGGUGCAACCCUCAAAGUAUCAUUUCCUCUUUGGGUAUCCGAAGAGGCUUAUUAUGGAAGAUUUUGUGCAGCAGCGAUAUCUCAGUUACAGGCGGGUGCCUCACACCAAUCCACCGGAAUAUGAAUUCUCUUGGGGUCCCCGAAGCCACCUGGAAAUCAGCAAGAUGAAAGUCCUGGGGUUCGUGGCCAAACUGCAUAAGAAGGAACCGCAGCACUGGCCAGUGCAGUACCGUGAGGCCCUAGCAGACGAGGCCGACAGGGCCAGAGCCAAGGCCAGAGCUGAAGCCAGUAUGAGGGCCAGGGCCAGUGCUAGGGCCGGCAUCCACCUCUGGUGAGGGUUGGUGAAAAGUUGGCCAGUGGGUCCCCGUGAGGACGAGCUACUGUCCUGAGUCAUAAGUAAUAUGGGUGGGGCGAGGGUCUUAUUUCUGUAGAAAUCGUGUGACUUUAAGGAUUUAGAUUUUGUAUCUUAUGUUUUGUAACAUUUAAUAAUUACUGUUAAAAUGCUGUUUGUAAAUGAGAUUGGUCUACUUUUUCCUGUAGGAUUUUAUUGUAGAGUUUUGCUGGUUUUGUAAAAUGGAUUGAAGAACUUUGUAUUUAUACUGUGAUUUUGAACAGAUUAUGCAACAUUGGAAGGAAGGCUGUACUUUGAUGGGUUGAAGGAACUCAGCAGUAUGAUGAUCUCGUUCCAGGGGAAAAAAACAGCUGGUUGGUGUCUAGCCCCGCAACACUUUUGUCUGUUGUGUAUAAAAGAAGAAAGACUGGCAUGUACCUCCAUUUGCUUAGCUAUUUGAGUAUCUAGAGAAAAAUUAAAAUGCAAUGAGUUAGCAGCAUACCCUGGCACACUUAAUAAAUUAAACAUUUGUGGAGCA